CUUUGGCGCGUGGGCGCCGGGCGUUGUUGCUAGGCAACGCGCCUCCUCUUCCAAGACCCUAGUAGGCCCCCUCCUCCAUAAAGCCCUUUCGUGCUGCUGUCUAGUGGGGAGGCCUGCCGCCACCCCCACCCACCCCACUGUUACAGCCGUUAUUCCUUUGCUCAUACCGCCUGAGAAGACAGGUCUCUGCCCCAAGGCAAUCUAAAAAGAAGAAGAAGAAAAGGAAUUAAAAACGGGCACAAUGGACUUCUUGAUUCUUUUCCUUAUCUAUGUGUUUCUGGUUCUGCUGAGCAUUCUCGUGGUCUGUAUCUAUUCUGGAAGGAAACAAAGCUUUCCCUCAAGAUAUGUGACUUGGUUGUCUCAGGUGCUUUUGUGUCUAAUCCCAAGCCAAGUUCAAGAAACUGCUCAGCGGGUGCUUCAUAAACUCUUCCAUACCAGAAACUGCUUGUUUGUGGUCUUGCAUUUGAUCUUGGAAGCUUUGGUGUAUGGCGAGUACACCUGGGAAGUGUUUGGCUACUGUAAGGAGCUGGAGUUCAGCACAGUUUUCCUCCUUCUGCCUUAUUUGCUGUUGACUGUGAAUAUGGGUUUCUUCAUUCUGUGCUCCAAGACCAACCCUGGUAGCAUAACCAAAUCCAACCAGGAUCUAUUUCUUCAUGUGUAUGCUUACGACGGUGUGAUGUUUGAGAGUGGUAUUGACUGCUCCACUUGCGAAGUGAGGAAACCAGCCAGAGCCAAGCACUGCGGCGUGUGCAAUGGCUGUGUGCACCGGUUUGAUCAUCACUGUGUUUGGGUCAACAAUUGCAUUGGUGCCUUCAACACCAGGUAUUUCCUUGUCUACCUUCUCAGCUUGACCUCCAUGGCUGCCUCCAUUGCAAUUUUAGCAGCCACUUUCCUCAUCGAGGUGGUAAUUUUGUCAAAUAUGAUGCUCGGUUAUUAUACUGAUGACAAAGGCCAAGAACGCCCAGCCGAUGCCUCCUUUAUCGUUCAGCACCUUUUCCUGACCUUUCCUAGGAUUGUGUUCAUGCUCGGCUUUGUCAUCGUUCUCUCUAUUAUAAUAGGCUCCUAUUUUUGCUUCACCCUGUACCUGGUCCUGACCAACCAGACAAGCAACGAGUGGUUUAAAUCAGCAAGAUAUAAAUGUUCAUGUUCACAGCACUGCAGCAGGCAUAGGGGUUACAAAAAUAUUUAUUCUAAAGGCAUCUGGGGCAACAUAGCUGAAGUUGUGAAGCCUCUUACCAAUACUGGAAAAAGGAAGUGACUUGCCAACACCACCAGUGGACUAUACAAAACCACCUUCAAGUUUUUAAUUUAAGCACUAAGGAUCUGGGAAAAUAUAGCUAUGCAAUGAAUGGUGCACAUUUGCCAAGUAGUGUGUAACUUGCAACAUUGAGAUUGAAAUGGAUGCUGGCGUUCCUGGGGAAAGGGGUCAAGGAAUUCUGCCCCUCUACAAUGAAUGCUAGAAGCUUUACACCUUCUUGCCUGCUGAGACUUUAGGCACUGUACUUGUUCUUAAGUGGAAGUUAAGAACCUAUGGCCACUGCUAUAGUUGGUCCUGCACAACUCCCAUGCACUUCAGGGGUCUUAGACAGAUUCGAGAUUUUGGCAUGAGGGAAAUUUCAAUUUAAAAAAGAUUUCAGCCAAUUAUAGCUCUUUUAUUUAUUACAUCAGAAUUACGUAAAAAAAUAUGUAUUUAAAAAACAUUAUGUACAAACAAAUUUGUAUAAUAUGCAAUUAAAAGCUACAUGGUUACAAAAGAAA